AUGAGUGUGUCCCAAGCAUCCAUAUUUCCCGUCUCUCAACGAUACCGUCCAGCGAUAGCGCUCUCCUUCCGAGCCUGCUCGUCCAAGGAAAAAACCCCGACCCGUCACCAUCCCCCUUCCACCACCCCUUCACCCUCGGCUCCAGCACCCUACAAACCGUGCCCGGCCAUAAAGUUGAUGACGGGCUGCAGAGGGCAGAACGGAGCACAAUACAUCGGCUCUCUCACAACCGUCUGUGGACCCUCGCACGCUACUUUCUUGUCUCCAGCGUCUGUUCGCAGAACACUAGCACCGUUGGCACAUGGUGGCGGCGGCGAUCGAUGGAGCGCAGGGAGAGAAUUGUCUGCGAGGAGAACCGACAGGAGGGAGAGAGAGAGAGAGAGAGCGAAAGAUGUGGAAAUGGACCCCAAGACCGGUGAUCCGAAUCUGGGUCGCAGGUACGCCAAUCCUUCCGUAUGGACACACUUCCUUCCUCCAACGCGUGAAAGACAACCCGUCCGAUCCCAACAACACUACCGCAAAGCCGCCGCUCAGAGCGGUAGUCCGCAGUCCUUCCUUUCUACAUACACAAAGACAGACAGACAGACAGGCCGUCAAGAUCCCCCGAAGCCAGGCCCCUUUCUGUUCCGCAACCGUACGGAGCAGGACCCCGGGGCCGCGUAG